UAUGUAGACAUCUCUGAUACGGUCUACAUUUAUGACCAUGUCAGUUGUGACCGGAAAACGUUACCAUACCAGAAAUAAUUCGUGACAAAUUAUCUGUCAGGACUCGGAGUAUGGGACUUUUAGCCCAGGGAAUUACAUUAACUUUAUAACCAGUGAGCCAUGAUCGAAAGACAUUGGAAAAUUAUUGGAUACGUGACUUUUAUGUUUCUUCAUGGGUUAUGGGAGUGUUAACCCUAGGGAUGCCAUAGAUAGGACAUGGAGACGAAUUGACGACGGACAGGCCGAGCAUCAUGGCGAAGCAGACAGUGGCCCGGAACGUGGGCAUCAUCGGGACAGGGAACUUUGCACGCGCAUUGGCGAACCGUUUAUACUAUGCCGGCUACAACGUUAUCCUGGGGAGCCGCAAACCUGACGACCGUUCGCUGGCAUUCGUGGACGAGUGUAUGUGCAAUAUCAACAUGACAACAAUAGAAGACUGUCUCAAACGCAACGCCGUCAUAUUCGUGGCCGUCCACGCCGCAAACUACAAAGAUUGUCUAUUGGCCCACUCUGAGAACUUACAAGGCAAAAUUCUCAUUGAUGUUUCUAACAGGGACCAGCCUAGUAAGACCGACAGCAACGCGGAGUAUCUCAACAAGCUUAUCCCGGCUGCCAUUGUGGUGAAAGGGUUUAAUGUGAUCUCUGCGUACGCCAUGGAGAUUGACAGCAGUGGUGGUAGCCGUCAGGUGUUCAUCGCCAGCGACAACAAUGAAUCGCGGGAAAAGGUAUCAGUGAUAGCACGUGACAUGGGAUUUGCACCGGUCGAUAUGGGUCUACUUCAAUCUUCAAGAAAGAUCGAAGCGUUCCCACUUAAACUCUUACCCGAAUGGAGAGGACCAGUUGCGUUCGCAGUCGGUGUUUUUAACAUCUGGCUUUUAUACAUCAUCUUCAUUUACUUUGUCGAAAAGACAGCAUACCGCUGGGAUCAAAUAUUUGUGAAAGUACUGAACAAACCGCUGUGUAUGACUGCAAUUACCGUAAUAUCCUGUACAUAUCUACCAAGUUCAGUGGCGUCAUUCUUUCAGAUCUAUUACGGAACGAAGCACAUCCGUUUCCCGGCAUGGCUCGAUCGCUGGCUCAGAGCGCGCAAACAGCUGGGGCUAGUGGCCUUCACUUUGGUCGUCAUACACGUGAUUAUGUCCGUCCUUAUCAUGAGUCCGACGUACCUGAGCUCGUGGUAUCAAUCCACAUCUAUAACCAUUCCAGGUAAUCUGACCCAUAACAUUACCGUGCCUAUAAAGACAUGGAUGGUAUGGAAGGGCGAGGCGGCGUGUCUCGCGGGAAUCCUGGCCUUCAUUUCCUUGUGUGUUAUUGCCAUCUCAACCAUACCGUCCGUGACUAACACGCUUAACUGGCGGGAGUGGCGAUUUGUCCAAUCAAAACUCGGACAUCUGACCAUGUUUCUUUCCCUUGUUCACGUUAUAAUAAUGGGAGCACCUGGGUGGGCAAAAGGACCGAUGGUCAUGGUUCGAUCAAUUACAUUUUUGAGUUCUGUUUUACCAUUUCUGACACUGUUUUUUAAACUUGUGCUUUCCCUGCCGUUUAUUGGUUGUUACAUUAAGAAGAUACGGCGCGGGUGGGAGCGAUACCCGACCGAUUGUAGGGCGGAAUGUGCUCCGAGAAACAGGAAACCAUUCUCACCAGGAUAUGUGAUCGUACCUCGGCGCAACAGUUUUGAUAAGGGUUCGAGUGACGUCAUGAUUCCUAUGGAAGAAGCGCAAGGCUGCACGUGUGAGAAUACAUCGACAGUGUGAUACGUUGUGCUUCAAUGAAACAAUGUACAUUGCAACAUGAAUGGUCUCUCUCUUUACAAUCUGAAUGUCUAUUUAUAUCUGUUUGAUGUUUUUAUGUUUUUUCAAUGUUUUUAGUAAUAUGACAGUAAAGUGCUACACGAAAUGACAUGUUUGAUAUCA